UCCGUGACGUUGGCUACCCUGCGCACGGACGUUAUCAACUAUGAACAGCAGUUGAUAGCGGGAGAACACAUUUGUGAUAACAGAAAAACCGACCUUUUCCAACAAUAAAAUCGAAUACCUAUACUGUUGAUGCUCGACCUAUACAUAUCUAUGUGUUCGACACACUGACACGUUUUAACCGCAGCGGUUUGAGUUUUUCUGAUUCUGUCGCGAAGAAUAAUUACAGUUUUUUAAACCAUUGACGACUUACGUGAAUUAAUCAUAUUUAAUAAUCGUGUCCCUAAUCGAAAAUAAAAACGAUGUACAAGUUAAAGCCAGUGUUUAACGUUCCUCUAGAAAUUAAGAGCACUUGUACCAUGUACAAGCUAAAAAAUUUACAUGAGAGCGCCGUUAAAAUGUUUAAUAAGUCCGACAAGGAUAUAAUUGAAGAAAUACACCAAUUGACCGACAGAGAAAUUGAAUUAGUCUUAAAAAAACAAAAUGAAGUACUAAAAACAUUGGAAGAACUUGAAAUCAGGGUAAACAAUUUAGAACCACAAUUUCCUAAAUCAGAAAAAGUUGAACCCCCGUCAGUUGUUAAAAAACAAUCGACUCAGCCGUCAAAAAAAAUUAUUAGUAAAAAGCACGAAAAAAUACCGACAGCCGAGAUAAAUAAAAAAAUUGCUGAACUGACAAAAACCGAUACAGUUAUUUGUGCUGACCCUGAAGACCCACCGUAUUCAUUAUUAGCGCUCCCACUUCUAUGGUCGUCGGUUUCAUGGGAUAUUACUUAUCAUAUUCAUUCAUCGCUCACUGUCGACUCAAAAGUGGUGUCUGAUAAAUUGAAUGUAUUUAAAAACUGGCACUCAAGCGUGCCAAACGUAAAGACUGUAAAAGUUAUCGUUAUUUGGAAGCAUACCGAACCGAGUACAGUAAUUGUGAGAUCACCUGCAAACUCAUUAAUCGGUGAAGUAUCUCUAAUACGACUGUUUGAUCGGUAUUUGACCGCAGAAUCAUUGUCCAUUACCGAUCAAGUAAAUGUCGACCAAGUUUUGGACUCGAUAUAUACAAUCAAAUACUCAUCAAUAGAUCGUUUGUCCGAGUUAUGCAACUUGAUCGACCCUUCGGACAAAGAGUUAAAUGUUGCGCAAGUUGCCCUAUGGUCAUUGUUGUACAGUAAACAAAAUGUAAAGAAAUGUCCCAAGUCGUUAGAAAAAUGGUUUGAACAGCUGAGUAAAAAAAUAUGUUUGUAACUUAUAAACAUUAUUUCUUCUUACCGUCGUUUGUUGUGGUCUUACACAAAUUUUCGAGACGGCAGUUUUUUUUUUUUUGAAAAUACUAAAUGAUUUGCCAGCGAUGUGUACUUAUUAUUAACAACAUAAAAAAAAAAUUA